CAUUCUACUACGACCCCUAUUACCACUACCACCCCUAUUUCUACUACCAACCCAAUUACCACUACCACCAAUUCUACUACGACCCAUUCUACUACGACCCCUAUUACCACUACCACCCCUAUUUCUACUACCAACCCAAUUACCACUACCACCAAUUCUACUACCACUCCUAUUACUACUACCACCCCAGUUACCACUACCACCCCUAUUAUUACUACCAAUUCUAUUACCACCACAAUUAUCACUACUACCAAUUCCACUACCACUAAAUUAAGUGCUUCAACCACUUCGUCAACAUCAAGUACCAGCCCUCACAAGCUUUUAACCACUUCUCAACCUACAGGUAAUACCUGUUCAGAGGAAACACUCAACGGUUUGACCUUCCCACUCACUGAGAUCGGUCAGAUUAGUUAUUCAACACAGCUUUGCCCUCCAGGAACAGCCAGUGCUGGUAUUCCUAUGGCCUCAGCUCAGUGUUUGUAUUCAACACCUUUCCACACAUUUGGUGGACUUAAACUUCUGGACUGUGGCUUAAACCUGGAGGUGUUCGAAAGCAAAGUCAACGGGACUCUGGAAGAGAAUAUUUACGUUGCCUACAGUGUCCAGAUGCUCACGUCCAAACCCAAGCAGCUGACGUCCCACAACAUCACCUCAGCUGCUACGACUGUCACUAAUCUUCUGUCCGCCACCAUGUUAAAUGAGUCAGUUGCAGAGUCAAUGGUGGCCACCAUCAGUCAGCUCAUGCACACUGUUAAAGACCAACACUCUGAAGACACUUAUGUUGCUCUUGAGAGUCUUACAAAGACUUUGGAGGGUUUUGCUUUGAACAUGAGUAACAUUAACUGUAGUGUACUGGUGCAACCAAACCUAGCGGUGCAAAGCAUCAGGUUGUCCAAAUGGACCCCACAAGUGCAGUUCUACGCUGUAACAGGACUGUCAGAAAAUUCCCCCGAAAGAAUCGGUUUGGUUGCAAAUGAUGCUGAUAUGGCAUUUUCUUCAGGACGUCCCAUUGAUCUCCUGUUAGAUAUCAAACUGCAGAAUGAUUCCCAGAAAGACUGGGGGAACAGAAAUCCCAGUAUUGGAGUGGUGCUUUAUGAAAAUGAUCGUUUUUUCAACUCAAAACAAUUUAAAAGUGAACUCGAUACCAAGAGAAGGGUGGUGUCUGCCAGCCUCACAGACAAAAGCUUGCUUGAUAACGUGGAGUUCACCAUCAGGCCCAAGAAUAUAUCCGGCUCGACUUCUUAUGACUUUGCAUGUGUGUUUUGGGACUAUGCUCAUAGAGACUGGAGAACAGAGGGUUGCGUCAAAAUACACGAUCCCAAUGGAGUGCAAUGUAAAUGUAACCACACCACCAACUUUGCAGUUCUUGUGAGCUUUAGAGCAGACUACACUUAUUCUGAGGCUUUAAACUGGAUCAGCAUUGUGGGAUGCAGUCUGUCUAUUGUGGGUUUGGUCCUCACUGCAGUUUAUCAAAUUAAGACCAGGAAACAGAGAGGAGCUAACUCUACCAUGCUCUUGGUGAACAUCUGUUUGUGCAUGACCACCUACUACCUGCUCUUCAUUUUUGGGAUCAACAACCCUGUCCAGAGCUCAAAGACAUCUGUUUCAGAGCAGAACGUUAUUCCUUCUUCAGAUGUGCAGGAGAAGAUCGAUCAGGGUCCUUGUACGGCAAUCACGGCCCUGCUGCAGUACUUCCUGCUGUCCACGUUCGCCUGGAACAUCCUGUAUGCGGCUCAUGUGUUUUUCCUCAUUAGAAACGCCCUCAACGGUCCGCCCCGAGCUUUCCGCACCAUCGCCAUGACCGUCGGCUGGGGUCUGCCUGCUGUUAUUGUCGGCAUCUCGCUGUCCGCCACCUACAGCUUUAGGGACCCUUUAGGAUAUCGACAAGAGGAGUUUUGUUGGUUGGCGUCUCUGGACAAGGCGGGAAGGUUUGAUCCGAAGCGGCCGAUGUUGUGGGGUUUCUUGCUCCCUCUAGCGGUCAUGUUGAUUUUUAACACAUCUUUGCUUGUCUACUUCUCUCAAACCAUCUGCUGUGCGAAUCCCAACCUCAAGAGCUCAAGAGGGACACCUAUGAAGAAGAAGAUUUUGAGUAGUUUCUCUCUGGCUGUGGUGCUCGGUUUGUCCUGGGUCGUUGGUUACUUUGUGCUCAUCACUCACGAGAAAACACUUUACAUCGUUCUCAGUGUGGUCUUCUGUCUCUGCAACACCACACAGGGUGUUCAGAUUUUCAUUUUAUUCACACUGCAGUCUUUUCUAAAGACAAGAUCUCGAUAUAAACUGGAUUCUAAGACUGAAUCAAAGGGGGAGCCUUAAAAAAUGGACACAAAAAGCAGAGGACAACAGACAAGAUCAUAGUCAAUUCUUUUUAUUACUAUUAUUUUAUUUAUUUAUUUUAUUUUAAAUUACUGUAUUUUUAGUGAUAGAAAACCAUUUGUCUGGUGACAUUUAUUUUAAUUCAGUUUCAUAUCAAAUGCAUAUUAUACAAGUAAAGUUGAUAGAACAUUUCAGAUAUUAUAAUGCACAGUCCUUUAACAUUUACUUUAGUCUUCAAAUUGGACUUGCUUU